AUGUCCCAACAUCACUGGGAAUAUGACCCAGACAUGAACAGGCCAGAAUUCUGGUAUAAGACUUUUCCUAUUGCCUGUGGAAAACAACAAUCUCCUCUGGAAAUUCAGUACUGUAAAAUGCAGUAUGACAGUGCUCUGAAACCUUUGAAGUUAUGCUAUGACCCUUCUACUGCUAAGAGGAUCAUUAGCAAUGGUCAAGCUUUCAUUGUUGAGUUUGAUGAUUCCACUGAUAGAGCAGUGCUAUGUGGAGGACCCCUGAUUGGGAACUACAGGUUCCUACAAUUUCAUUUUCACUGGGGCUCCUCUGGGAUCCAGGGCUCUGAGCACAUUUUGGAUGGAAAGCAAUAUGCAGCUGAGCUUCACUUGAUUCAUUGGAAUACGAAGUAUGAGAGUUUCAAGGUUGCUGUGACCAAGGAUGAUGGACUGGCUGUUGUUGGGAUCUUUUUAGAGAUGGGAACUGUUAAACCAGGACUUCAAAAAGUCAUUAAUGUUCUGAGUAAAAUUCAAACAAAGGUUGAAGAGUCAGUCUUCACUGACUUUGACCUGACUUGUCUCCUCCCUGAGUGUUUGGAAUUUUACACUUAUCAGGGCUCACUGACCACUCCUCCUCUUUUGGAAUGUGUGACCUGGAUUGUCUUACCAGAGCCCAUCUCUGUGAGUCCUAAACAGAUGGUAAAAUUCUACAACCUUUACUUCACUUCUGCUGGUGAAAGUCCUUCAAAACAUAUGGUAUGCAACUGGUGCCCUGUUCAGCCCCUCCAUGGCAGAACAAUUAGAAGACCUUUCAAUUGUGAUGUCUGA